CUGCAGUCUGACUCAAAGUACGCGCAAUGGGUGAGAGUGACUGGAGCGCGCAGCACCGGCGAGUGCACGUUAAAUCUCAGUUUGUGCUUGUGGUGGUGCGCGCCACGACAUCAGUAACGUCUGUUGUGCAGAAUGAGCAGGUGGCAUUAAAGCGGCCUGGCCUUCUGCCUGGGAGCGGGCCACGAUGAGCGGGAAGAGCUUGCUGUUGAAGGUGAUUCUAUUGGGAGACGGCGGGGUGGGGAAGAGUUCCCUGAUGAAUCGGUAUGUGACGGACCGCUUCGACUCGCAGUCUUUCCACACCAUAGGCGUAGAGUUCCUCAACCGCGACCUGGAAGUGGACGGCCGCCUGGUCACCCUGCAGAUCUGGGACACGGCUGGGCAGGAGCGCUUCAAGAGCCUGCGCACGCCCUUCUACAGGGGCGCUGACUGCUGCCUGCUCACAUUCGCUGUGGAUGACCUACAGAGCUUCCACAACCUAGGCUGCUGGAAGAAGGAGUUCAUGUACUACUCGGACGUGCGGGACCCAGAGCGCUUCCCCUUCGUGGUGCUCGGCAACAAGGUGGACAAAGCGUCGGAGCGGGAGGUGGGCGAGGAGGAGGCGCGGGCCUGGUGCCAGGAGAACGGGGGCUGCCCGUACUUUGAGACCAGCGCAAAGGAUGACACCAACGUGGGCGCGGCUUUCGAGGCCGCCGUGCGCGAGGUGCUGGCGGGAGAGGACCAGAUAGACCACGCACUCCUGAGUAGUGCCAUCGAUCUCCACGGCAACCGCAAGGCUCCCCGCUCCUCCUGCUGCUGAGCCCCAUACGCCCCAACACACCUACAGUAUAACCCCUGCCCAGCCCUGCCCCUCCCUUCUGCUCCCAUUCCCACCCCUGCUACUUGCCACCAUUUUCCCUGCAGGUUUAUGGAGUCCCAGUGUCAUGUGGCAGUAGUACAGGUACAAGCCCUGCUUCAGGAGCUUACUCUGAGAGCCUUGAGGGAUUUUGUAAUGGGUACAGUAUUAUACCCCCUGCUUUUUCCCCCCUUGUGGUCCCACAUGCCUUCCUACUCUUCCUCCUUCUUUCAUGCUGAGCUCUUUGCCUGUGGGGUGGGGGCUAAUUAAGGCAGUGCUAAGCUAACCUCCAGUCUGAGGGCCGGUACAGUCUCAUCUAUAACUGCCUUCCUGCACCUUGGCCUUCUCAAGAGCACACGCAGACUGCCCGUGGCACAAUAGAUGACUCAUACUUAGCCCUGGAAAUAAAGGCUUCAGUUUCACAAGGGCUCAGAUGAAAGCAUCUGCCUGCCAAAAUGCCUACUUUGUGGCAUAGGGGAGGGUUUGUCCAGAGGGGAAUAACUGCAGAAAUAAAUAACAGGUCUGGGGUUUGAUUUCCGGUAUGGUUCCGAAGCAACACUGUGCUUUGACCCCCGCAGCAAAAAACUAAGCCGUCGUCUGCGGGUGAAUGUGAAUGCCCUGUCUUUUGACAUCAUGCUUGAUCUUUGAUUUUUGCUUGGCUCUUCUCAUUUCUUUCUUAUAUCGUCAGAACAGACUGGCGAUAAUGAACUGUUAGGGUACGUGUAUUGCCGUGCAAGAGUAAUUGCAGUAAUCUUGCAGAAGAAAAGGGAACUUAAUUUUAUUUGUUUUUGUGAUUUAUAAAUCAGCUCUUUUUCCUGUUACAUUUCUAUUUAUAAGUUUAUUUAAUAGUGGGUACGAAGUGGUACUAGGCCUUUUACCUUUUUCUUGACAUUUGGAGCACUUGUUACAUCUGUUGUCUGACUUUUUAAUUUUGUUUCUAGAUUUUGUAGAUUGUGUAAGUGCCCUCCUGUACCUACAUGGCUGUGUGUGUGUGUGUGUGUGUGUCAGUCAGUCAGUCUGUGAUGCCGGGGGUUGCACUUUAGUUUGCAGACAUUCCAGUUGCAUCACUGACCGUCGUGCUUUCCCUGUGGCAAAUAUUUGUCCCCUUUUGUUACUCUGACCCUGAAUGCCCAUUUCCGCCCCUUACCUUGGCCAUUUUGAUUUGCCAUGGCUUUCCUGUGCAUGCCAAAUUACAGAACCUUCACUGGACAGAUAUAUUGUCUUUGGCAUCCAGCUGAUGCAGCGAAAUGUAGCACGCAGUCAUAAAUGACCUUCGGAGACAUUUUAAUACUAUUCUAGUCCAUUAACCACCUAGGCCUGUCAGCUUGGCGAAUACCAUACUGCACAUAUUUAUCAAACUCAUACUUAACACUUGCGAGAAAAAAACGAUAACAUACAAUUUUGUAAUAGCUGUCCAGCAAUCCGUUUUUAUCACAGCCGAUCUUGUGAAAAUUGUGAGCAUGUGUUUUGUUUAUCCGCCCUGUGCUAUGGAAUUGGAGAGUGUUACUGGCAACGAUGGACAUUUUUCAGUGUUAAUACAAUAGCACAGAUUUUUUAAAGAACCAACCCUCUUCUCAUUACCUCUCUGGCAAACUACAUUAGAAAUUGCACACUUUGGUACUUUUCAAUGACCGUGUUAGCGGACAGCUGUUCUAAUCAAAGGUACAUGUAUUGUUUUUGUUGCUGUGGCAUUUGUUGCUGCUAACGCUAAUGCUUUGGCACUACAGUCUGUAUUUACUACUUAUGUUUUUAGGAUAAUUGUUUUUUAGGUGAACUGUUGUUUCUGGGGAAUGUUCUUGUAGAAGCUACAAAUUCACAUUAACCAGAUUUGUUAUAACUUUGGCCUUGCACUAGUGCUUGCAUGCAAGUUUUACCAAAAUUAUCAGCCUCUUUCUGGCUUUUUAAUUUAACAGUAACAGGUUACCAAAACCGUAAUCUGAUUUAAAAUUCAUAACUUGGACAAAUGGGUGCAAGUUACUGGAGUGAGGUAGACUGUGAAGAUGAGAAUGAGGUACCUAUGUUUCCUUUGCUGAUAUCACAGUGCGUACAGAGCUAUUAGUCGGUACAAUACCUGACUGGUUCAUUGGUGGGGGUGGGGGGGUGUUAUCCUAUUUACUGAGUUACCAAUGGUACAUUCCACUGUAUGGUACAUCAACAUUUGACAUGUCAGAGAGGCAUUGAUCUACUGUUACAAUGUCCACAGGGCUUUCUGUUACACAGAGUACUUAAUGUUCAAUUAGGACAUAUGCUGAAAUGUCAAGCGGGGUCACUCCUGCCUGUUAUUUUAUAUUUCAGAACAUUUUUAAAAAUAAGCUAAUUUGUGGUCAGAUUGCUCUUGGCUGCCCAUCAUCUGCUCCUGUUGUAAAUGCCUAUCAGUAAACAAAGGUCUGAACAUUUAGAACAUCUGUAGAUUUAUCCCCACACAGUACUGUGUAGGAAACAUGCAAAGAGAUACAUAUGGACUAUUAACACAAGUAUUGCAGCUGAACUUGGGGACCUUGGGAUUGUAAGAUAGAUCAGUCCAGUCCCAGUUUGAACUUUUGUCCUUAAAUUUAGAUAACCGAUUUAAGCAGUGUUAUCUUUUAAAAAGCAUUAUCUGAUAAUUUUUAAGUGGUUUCAAGUGCUUCCUGACUGCAUCAUGUACUGGAAGUAAUAAAAAGUAACCUUCGCCUUUUACUCAAAAUUGAGGGCAAUCCACAAAGCUGGAGAAUUGAAUCAGUCCUUGAGUUCUCUAUGAUGGUAUUUGAGAGCACAAGUUAUUUCAACAGUAUCACUCACCACAAAGGUGUUAUAUAAAAUUAAAUAAAAAACAUUCUUGUUAACAAAGUAUAAGGAUAUGGCAGAACUUUUUUGGCUGUUCUGUUAUGGUUUCCCUUCAUGCCAGAUGUAUCGAUCAUAUGAGGUUAACUUGCCUUCACAGGCACGGUUGUGUUAAAAGGGUGCCUGGUCCAUUUAAUUUGGUUAGUUAGCCGAUAUUUAUAACAUGGGUGAGAGGGUUCAGCUAAUUGUAGUUCUGUUUUGUUUUUGAGCCGAAUGGGAUGGUUAUAAAUGCCUGUGGUCCUUCAGAUUUAAGAAGGAUAUGACAGCCUGUGAUUAUUACAAUUACACUAUGGAGAUGAAGACUGUUUACAAACCUAAUGCUGUCUAAUAUUAAAUACCAACAUUAAUAAAAAAAGUUCUAAAAAUA